AUGCUUGUGCAUUCAUACUAGCGAUACUGACAAUAUGUAUAAUAAUAAGGCUACAGAUUGGUGAUGUUACGUCAAAAAGGUCAUUGAAUGAUUGCAAUAUUCAAAUAAGGAACACUUAUAGGAAAUUAGCGGCUACUGAAACAACACGAAGGACAUCACGGACAACGCUCCAGAUCGUGACUUCAAUACCCGAGUAUGACAAAGAGUUGUCUUUUAACAACUUUUCCUACCCGUUGGACGUAGAUAUGGUGAAAUUGAUACAGGACUUUAAACGUACUGGGAAGGUAAGGCAACGUGCUAUCAAUAACUUCACACAACGUUUCCUUCACAAUCCAGUCAACAGGUGUUACAAUACUGCAGGAGGGGAUAAUACUCAUACAGGUGACAUAUUUCUGCUGUUCGUUGUGAAAUCGAAGAAUGAUCACUUCGAUCAGAGGGAUGCGAUUCGAGAAACAUGGGGUAAUGAACUCUAUUUAAAGAAAUUUAUCAUAAAAACGGUAUUUAUAUUAGGAACUCCUGUGAAUGAAUCUCUGAAACCAACUUGGAGUGAAAUUAAAGAAUUUAAUGACAUUAUUUUAAUGGAUUUUCAUGAUACGUAUUUCAACAAUACAUUAAAAACAUCUACAUCGUUUAACUGGGUACCGGAAUUCUGUCCACAAGCCCAAUUUGUUGUUCUGGUUGACGAUGACAUCUACGUAUCAUUGGAAACACUGGUCAUGUACCUUGAUCGGUUACCGGAGGGUAAUAGAGUCAAUCUUUAUGCAGGCAGAGCAUUCCUAAAUGUCAAUCCUUACCGCAACACUACCAGUAAGUGGUAUGUCCCGGUAUCUGAGUAUCCAUGGAAUACCUAUCCACCUUUUGUUACGGCAGGAACAGUGAUAAUGACCAUGGACUUUGUGUCAGACGUGCGGAUAGCCAUGCGUUAUACCAAACCGUUUCGUCUGGAUGAUAUCUACGUAGCCCUCAUAGCUCACAGUCUAGGUGUUGUCCCUCUUACCGUCAAUACUACAUAUGGACAUCCUGUCAUGUGGUGGCACAGAGAAUUCAAAGAUGUGAUAUCAACACAUGGAUAUACACCUAAGCAAUUAAGAUUUGCAUGGACAAAACGCAAAUCGAUGAAGAUUACUCGCCAUUCGGUCGACAGACAAUAAACACUGACGUCAAGAGUAAUGCCAGGUGUUCAUUGCAAUCAAUCAAAUCCACCAAUCUAUCGACAUCGCUCGUCAAAUGGUGAAAUCAUCAUUUGACAGAUUUCAAGUCACCUUCGUGGUAAGUUCAGCGGAACAUUAUGACCAUAAGUUUGUCAAGAUUUCAAUAGAUCUAGCUGUUAAAUUGAUCUUUUUUGUUUGUCAACUAGCAAAACUUACACACAUUCGACAAAUGACACUAGUCCCACGACUUGCAUGUUUACCGGUAGAUAAGCGGGAGAAGUUUUUGGAAGAGGAUUGAUCUGUUGGAAAAUAAUACAGGCACACGCAUGGUCUGUCGCCCAAUAAUCCAUGGUUAUCAACCGAUGAAAAGUUUUGUUUAAUCGCACGCGUGGUAGCCUGAUAACUAAAGUCAAACUCGAUACACUGUUUGUGAUAUAAUCCCGCAAUAAUAUUGAUAUGAGUAGCAUGUGUUUCAUUCAGGAUAUAGGUGAUCAAUAGCCAACAAGCGAAGGGCCAAAUGUGUGCAGACAUAACAAAAACAAGCUAAGCUGUGUCCAAUUGUUCACCGUAGUUAUCAUUUUUCAAAGCAGCUGCUUUAUGCAAGAUUUUUGUUGGCCAUCUAGAUUUGUUUAUAGACGGCCCUCACGUAUAAAUAUCAUUAUCAACUAUAUAUAGUACUUAAAAUCACCUACCGGUAGCAUGAUAAGUUCAUUAUCAUGGGUUGUCAGUAUGAGAACACUGAAGACGAAGUUAAGACCGAUUUGAAAACAACUUGAGAACAACUUGAGAACGGAUUUUCCUUAUUUCUGGCAAUCGGGAACGGAUUUUCUCAAAAAAAGAACGCCUGCUCGUGCCAGGUGACGUUCUAAACCGGAAGUGAUAUCCACACAAAAAGUGAUCAGCGUAUAUCAAUUUAAAGUUACGAAAAAAUAUUUUGAUGUUCAUAACAUCAUUUCAGGCGAAACAGUGCAUAUGAAAAAGCCAAUGACGAUAGGAUUGUUUUAAAGUUAUUUUUUCUACAUAGUUUUAAGGUUCAU